AUGGCAGCACUCGAAGAUAUUCCGUGGAUAGAUUCCAUGGCCCCCUCAUCAUUAUCCCAGGACCAUGGCUUUCAGCCUGACAGCCAACCGCCAACGGUCGCCGCUUUCUCUCCCACCACCAUCUCGGGCUCAUCGUUGACCUCUAGGCAACGCUCUAGUAUCAUCGUACAUCGCAAGUCGCCUCUGUUGGUCGCUACGCCGCCGCCCGUCACCCGUGCUCUCGCCUACUCCCAUCCGUUCAUCUUACCCUUGAACAAGCUGCUUGGCUUGUUGACAUGGACCUCGGGCGACCCAUGGCAGAGCUUCCUCUUUCUAGCAGGGUUUUGGACUGUGGUUCUGUAUAGCGAUGCCAUUAUCCUCUGGACAGGGCCAAUUCUGUUGGUGCUUGGUCUAAUUCUGGGCAUGUACUGGAGGCGCUACUCCCCCUUAUCCUCCAGGGCUGUCGAUAAAAGCCACCAGAGAGCGGCUUCCGAUACAACUCCUCAUCAUAAGAGCUUGGAUGAGAUAGUUGAUACUUUGAGGACUUUUACUACCCGAUGUAACAUUCUACUGGAGCCACUGGUCGAUCUAACCGAUUUCUUAUCGACUCAGAGGACGGCCACGUCUGCAACCACCAGGCCUGCUCUUACUGCUUUGUUCUUCCGAAUUCUCUUUGUGACUCCAUUAUGGAUUCUCUUAACAUUCCCCCCAAUCUAUCUUAUAACUACACGGCGUGUCAUCAUGAUCAUAGGCACCCUCAUGCUCACCUAUCAUUCCCGACCGGUCAGAGUGUCGCGUGUCAUUCUGUGGCGAUCAUUGAUUGUCCGCCGGAUCUUCUCCGUUAUAACAGGACUUUCUUUCUCGACUAACGUUGGUGGGGACGAUAAGGUGCGAGCAUCCAAGACGCAGGGUCCUGGUCAUGCUGUAGACAUCGCAACCAGGCGGCGCGGAGGCUCGUCUGGCGUCCGAUUUACGUUCAUCAUAUAUGAAAAUCAGCGCCGAUGGCUUGGAAUCGGAUGGACCUACUCCCUAUUCCCGUCUGAACGUGGUUCAUGGACCGAUGAACAUUUGAAUAUGGUACCGCCCAAAGAUGAAUUUGAAUUGCCCGAUGUACAAAGUGGAAAUGCGGAGUGGCGCUGGAUCGAUGGCGGUGACUGGCGUAUUGAUGGUGCCGAUGAUUCGAGUAUGAAAUCCGAUCCCAAAUCGUCAGAUGGCGGCGGAUGGAUAUACUAUGACAACAAGUGGAAUGACGGCCGUCGUGGCCAGGAUGGUUGGGACCGGUAUACCCGCCGCAGAAAAUGGUAUCGUGAUGCCGAGCUGGUGGAGAUAAUACCAGAGACCGAGGAUCCGCCCACAGAGACGGCCUCCAAUCUGACCCAAGCUCUGCAAAACGAAAAAGCAUCAAGCAGCGGUGCGGAUGCAUCCACAGUGGAUGCAGAUGCCCAAAGUCUCGCCCCGUCUUCCAAGGCACGGAAAAGACGUUGGUUUGGCGGUUCGAAGAGUGUAAGCGACAAAAAUAGCAGCAAUUCUGCACCUCCGACCUCAAACAAUUCCUCCGUGGACCUCGGGAAGAUAACCUCUGCCACCAGGGACGACCCCAAAUCCGGACCAACCGCGUCCAGGCCGAUUAACAUCCAACACGCCCGCAAAUCAUCCAACAUCCCCGGCGCCGCCAGUCACAGCAGCAGUGCAGGUCGAGAAGGAAGUCUGCAUGGCAGCGGGACGAAUAGUGACAGCGUAAGCGUUCGAAAUAAAGAGAUUCAUCAAGCGCAGGAUCGUCUCGACCGAUGGGGUACUCGAGCCACGGGCGGAACCGAGAGGGCAGAACGUGAGAUGGGACUGGGUGACGAGGUUAAUAUGGGUUUGAGUUGA